CUGCUGCCGCGGGCACGGGCAAGUUAAUUUGAGGUUCAGGUAGUAUUCCUAUACUUAUAGAGUACUGGAUCCCGUUUUGUGGAGAGGGGGAGAGAGAGAGAUCACUGCCGUUCCCUUUCCUCUUUCAUAUAGUGGCUAUAUACAGUGAGAUUAGGGUUUAGGGUGGUGGUGGUCGACGCUGUUUCGUGUUUUGGGGAGGAUGGCGGCGGACAAGGGCAAGCGGUAUAAGGCAGCUGAAGCAGAGGCCGAGGAAGACGGCCACGAGCACAUCGACAAGGAUCUCGUUCUGUCCAUUGAAAAGCUACAGGAGAUACAAGACGAGUUGGAGAAGGUCAAUGAAGAAGCAAGUGAAAAAGUGUUGGAAGUUGAGCAAAAAUAUAAUGAAAUACGCCGACCAGUUUACGUCAGACGAAAUGAGAUAAUUCAGACUAUUUCUGACUUUUGGCUAACUGCAUUUAUGAGCCACCCUGCACUUUGUGAUCUGCUAAAUGAAGAAGACCAGAAGAUUUUCAAAUACUUGAGGUCAUUAGAUGUUGAUGACUGCAAAGAUCUGAAAUCAGGCUACACCAUCACAUUUAACUUCUCUCCUAACCCUUACUUUGAAGAUACAAAACUUACCAAAACAUAUUAUUUUGAUGAAGAAGGAGUCCCCAAAAUCACUGGUACAACCAUCAGAUGGAAAGAUGGAAUGGAUAUUGCAAAUGGUGGAGCUAACCAAAAGAAAGGGAAUAAGCGGCCAUUUGCUGAGGACAGCUUCUUUACAUGGUUCAGUGAAACUCAAAAGGAUGAGAUCACAGAGGGAAUUCAUGAUGAGGUGGCAGAGAUAAUUAAGGAGGAUUUGUGGCCCAAUCCUCUGAAGUACUUCAACAAUGAGGCUGAUGAAGAGGAAUUUGACUCUGAUGAAGAAGCAGAUGAUGAUGAACUUGGUAAAAGCACUGAUGGCCAUGAUGAUGGGGAAGGACAAGAUGAGGAUGAGGAUGACAGUUGAGACUAUAGACAUCAUUUUGUGUUACUCUUAAUGGCAUUGGGUGGUCGUGGCUUUGUAGAUCCAGUCUGUGUACUGCGGAGGGGCGCAGAAUUUGUAGGCGUGCCCAAAUGGGCAUUUGUAGGGCAAUUAUUUACUACUUUAGCUUUUCUAAUAUGUUUAUGUUUAAUUAUAGGUCAAUUUUAGCAUAGUAUAUGGGGCGUCAUAUGAAAGGCUUCAUUUUUCUUGUGGAUUUGAGGCUGCUUGUGAAUUGCGAUGUUCAUAUCCUGUCAUAUUUUGGGUUAUCAAUGUGCAUUGACUAACUGACCGCAGUCUUUUUGUUGGCCAUUAAUAUGGAUAUUUUCAGUCACUUUUUAGGUAA